AUGGAUGGCCAAGGCAAUGGCAAAGAGGUGAAGCUGUUAGGAACAUGGUUUAGCCCAUAUGUACAAAGGGUGGUGUGGGUGUUGAAGCUGAAAGGCAUUGACUAUGAAUGGGUGGAGCAAGGCUUUAGAGACCCUAAGAACAGGAGCCAAUUGCUUCUCAAAUAUAACCCAGUGAUGAAGACAGUCCCAGUGCUGGUUCACCAUGGUAGGCCUGUCUUGGAGUCACUUAUAAUCCUUGAGUACAUUGACGAGACUUGGAAGAAUAAUCCUAUUUUGCCUUCGGAUCCAUAUGAGAGAGCAAUGGCUCGGUUUUGGGAAAAUCUCAUUGAUCAAAAGAUAACCAAAAUUUUGAGCAAACUUUUAAGUUCAAUGGAUAAGAAGCAAAUGGAGGAGGAAAUGAAGCAAGUAAGCAAUACAAUAGAGAUCCUAGAUAGGGAAUUGAAGGCAAAAGGCAAUAAAUUCUUUGGGGGUGAAACAAUUAAUAGGGAUUGUUGA